CAAGAAGCUGCUGUGUUUGUACUGUAGAGCCUCAUCUAUUUUUAAUAAUGCAGUCAGCAGAAGAGGGAGACGUCACCCCUGUGGAUCUACAACAUGAAGAAUUCCAGAAGACAAUAAUACAGGAGGAGGAUGAUGAUGAUGAUGAUUUCUUCUGUGAAGUCACUUUAAUCCCUGCAGAACUUGUGGCUUCUGUGGAACUGCUCUUCUCAGAGGACCAACAGUGUGGAGGUUUCCAGAUGAAGCCUGUGAAGAAAGAAGAACCUGAAGAUAAAGAUGAACUCAAAAUUUCAGGUGAAGGAACCUCGAUCCCUGUGGAACACGUCACCUCUGAGGAACACCUCACCCCAGAGGACCAACAGUGUGGAGGUUUCCAGAUGAAGCCUGUGAAGAAGGAAGAACCUGAAGAUAAAGAUGAACUCAAACUGAACAAGGAUUUCUGCUGCUCCUCGUGUCCACGUUCCUCUACAACCCAAAAUCAGCUCCACAAUCACAUCAAGAGCUGCAAAAAUGAUAAAUAUGAGACUCUGGUGAAGAUUAAGACUGAACAUGAGGAUCUGACGCCCACCAGAAGCUCCAGUAAUCAGCAAACGUCCUCUGGUACUGUCUGCAUUAACACCUCUCUCAGUCCCACACAGGAAGAAGGAAACGUCUGCUCACAGUGUGGGAAGAGCUUCAGGUUCCUGAGUCAUCUCAAAAUACACCAGCGCAUUCACACUGAAGAGAAACCGUAUCAGUGCUCACAGUGUGGGAAGAGUUUUAAUGGACAGAGUGAUCUGAAACUACACAAGCGCAUUCACACUGGAGAGAAACCGUAUCACAGUGUGGAAAGAGUUUUAAUCAACAUGAUGCCGUAUCGUAUUCAGCGAUGCCCAGUGUGCGGGGUAGACUACUCCAACCUGUCCCAGCAUUUGCGCAAGUACCAUCUUGUUGGUAAUGCCCAGGAGAAGACCCUCCUGCUGCAGCUGGCAAGUGGGCGCAUCAGGUCCAAGUUCACUUGCUGCGUGCCCGGGUGCGUGUCCAAAAGUGUGAAGAGGUUGGACCGGCACAACGCAACGGUGCACAGUGACUUAGAGCUGCCCGAGAUGAAUCAUUACGCCAACAAAGCGAAGAGGAAUUACGUCUUGUGCAAGCUCGCCGAAUUGAGGGCCAGCCACCCUCAAGUGCCAAUGGUCACUACGUUGGACAUCGGACACGCCGGGAGGCUGUACGCUCCAGCCGCCACUUCUGCCGCACCCGACACCGCUGCUUCCCAGGCGACGCCUGUUGCAGAAGUGCAGGCCAGUGUUGGAGACCAGGUGGACGAGGGACAGCCGGGCACCAGCACCGACUGUCAGAACCCCACCUGCGUGGCAAUGGCAAGGAGGUUGAGGGUGCUGGAGUCCCGUCUCAACCUGGUGCCUCAGGGGGCGUGCCCGAGGAAGGACUGCCAAGAGUCCAUGUACGAGCUUGGCCGCCUCCAGAGGCUCCUGUCCCGCAGCCCCCAGAAGAGUUUGCGGAAGAAGUUUUCCCGAAGGGAUACCUUCCGUAUAAAGGACUCUCCCGUCUACGAGAAGGUGCUUCUUGACUUUUUGGGGUUCUGUGUCGGGACCAACCCCUCCAAGAAGAAGAAGGAAAAUGCCAUAGGGUCUGUCAGUCAUGUGAGGCGGUUCCUCAUCUUCGCGGGUGAGGACCGCCUCCUGAAGGGCCAUUUUUCCUUCUUAAAGAAGCAGUCUUCCAUCAGAGAUUGGGUCGGAGUUUUAUUGGCUGACAAGUUGAAGCCCACAACAGUGCGUGCCAACUUGAUGAGUCUGAAGAAAUUCUUCGAAUACCUGCCGUACGUUCCUCGGAAGACCACAAAAUUGACCAGGGUGGAUUUUCUUUGGCUGAACACCGAGGUGACAAGUCGCAUAAAGGAUAUGCAACGCGAUGUGACUUGUCACCGUCAAGCAGUCCGUAAAGCUGCCUCCAAAAACAUCGUGUCCGAGGAGGAUCAGAAGAACUUCCGCAGGGAGGUUCGUCUGAUCCUCCCCGCCAAGAUCAAGUCUCUAAAAAAAGGUUCAGUCGAGAGCCUUCACCAGGUGUUCGGCUUGUUGACCGGAUACUUUGUAUCCAUGUCCGGUCAUCGGGCCGGAGUCUUGAAGAACCUGAAGGUGGAAGAAGUACGGAACGCUGAGGUGGACGGGGAACACGUGACCAUCGAUGUGGAAGACCACGCCCAGCUGAGCCUGACACUGUCCGAGCUCCAGUGGUUCGAUGGGCUGCUCAGUGUCCGUGACCAGUUCGUCGGCAGUGAGUCCCCGUACUUCUUCUUUAACUCGGUCGGCGGGAGGUGCGAGAAGGUCCUCAGCUACUUCAAGACUGAGUGGACACGGAUGGGGUUUGGAGGCAGUUUUACCUUCCGCCAUCUUCGUACCUCCAUGGUGCACCACACAAAGAACCUGACUCCACACAAAAGGCUGUCCAUACACCGGGUGAUGUGCCAUUCCGAGGCAGUCGCCUCCAAAUUCUAUGUGCCGCUGAACACCGUACUGGAGGCCGCUGGUGUUCGCAGAUUGCAGGAGGGAGAGGAGGAGCCCGAAGACCGCCCCCACUGCAGCAGCAGCCGCCCCAGCAGCAGCCGCCCCAGUACCCUCCGCAGCCUCCGCCAGGAAUUCGGCGAGUCAGGGACUGUCGACACCGACUCUUCUGGAGAGGACACCAGACGACCUGAGAAGGAAAAGUCCUCUUCAGAAGAGGUUCAAGGUUCCAAGCGCAAGCACGUGAGACGUGCCAUCCUGGACACUUCAUCAGAAUCGGAUGAACCCUUCGUCUUGAGGAUGCCCAGGAAGUCUAGUCCUCACCCGGGUUACGACAUCUUGGGAGGUGGGCCCUCUCCGGAACACAACUACGUCGGGACUCCAGUGAAGGUAAGUCAGGAUGCAAUGAAGGCGAUCACCGAAUCCGGCAAGCCCACCGUUCGACUGAGCAUGCUGGUGCUCACGUCCUCUUCUUCCUCGGACAAAGAAGAACAAGUGGAGGAAAUGCCCCUCGAGCCCAGUGCCACGUUUUAGAGUGUUUAAUGUUUUUUUGGGUGUUUUACUGUUACCACAGCAGUACAUUGUUGUUUAGCCUAGGGGCAAGUUCAAGUUGAUUUUGUAUAAUGGGUUUUUAAGUUAUAAGUUAAAAAAAAAAUUUUUUUAUGAAUAUUUACAUUUCUUUUACUCAAUCACGGAAUAUGUUUAAUAUCGGGUGCACAUGUUUAUGUGCCAUGACCACGUGUUGUUGAUGGGUUUGUAUCGGUGAGUAAUGUUCUCGUAAAUAGUGUUUUUUGCCGUUGCGCUCGUGUGUGAUAUGUUCAUGUUGUUAAUAAAUGGCGAAUUGUUGAGAAAAA